AUGGAAGAAAUCCCACCGAACAACACGUUGUACAUAAAUAAUCUCAACGAGAAGGUCAAAAAAGAAGGUUGGGAAACUUUCGUGAUUUGUGGUAAGCAGCUUUGAUUUUUUAGAACUUCGCAACUCUUUGAUUGCCGUCUUCAAGCAGUUCGGAGAAAUUUUGAGCGUCAUGUGCUUCAAAACGUUGAAAAUGCGGGGUCAAGCCCAUGUCAUUUUCAAAGAGGUGACUGAAUACCUGUAUUUUUUUCGAGAGUAAAAAAAUUUCAGCUCGAAUCAGCAAAGGCGGCCAAAGACGCUCUGAACGGUUUUCCUUUCUAUGAGAAACAGAUGGUAUUUUUUCGAGAUUUUAAAAUGAUUUUUUUUUUCGUUUCAGCGCAUUCAAUUCGCUCGCGAAGAUUCCGAUUCAAUCGCAAAGAGUAAAGGAACUUACGUUGAGAGGGCUCAAAAAGCCCCGGCGAGGUUGCAGAAAAAGAGAAAGGUUUUUUUUUGUUCUCUAAUUUGUGAUUAGGUUCAUUCGCAUGGAGAUUUUCUCAUAAUUCAUUUUCGCUUUAAACUGAAAUGUGCUUAGAAGGAGUAAAUAGCUAUUUUUACGACUUGAGUUUGCCUCAAAUAGUUUGUAGAUUUUUUUGAGUAGUGUGUUUCAAUCGUUUUUUUUUCUAUUAUUUCCUGUUCUUAAUUAUUUUAGAGACGUUAUGUAAUGUUUAUAGCUUUAGAUAUAGUUACAAAUAUAUGUAUAUAUAUAUGAUUGUAGAAGUUAAUUAAGAAGGACUGUUUGAACUUUUCUUUUAACUUGAGUUUUCUUACCUUUUUUUCUAAGAAAAAUCCUCCUAAUUUUAUAAAAAUUGCAAUUGAAGUAUUUAAGAGCUUUUCUGUUACUUAUACGAUAAAUUUUUCUGGAAAUUUUAGAACCGUCCUCGUGAGAACGGAGAAGGACCGGCGCCGCCCAACAAAAUCCUCUUCUGUACCAAUUUGCCGGACGAUGCAUCGACGGAUAUGCUUGAAAUCCUUUUCAACACGUUCGUUUUGAGAAUUUCACUAAAUAAAUGAAAAAUGGAUGUAAAAAGAUGUGAAAGAACGCUCACAAGUCCUUGAAAACGUGGUUUGUGUUUUUUUUAACGGAACUUUAUGGCGUAUUUUUGUGAGUAAUGGCUCGAAUUGAAAACGGAAAAACAAGGUUUUAAGAAUCUUAUUCAAUUUUUUAAUAAUUGGGUGUUUUUGACACCCUUUAAAGUUGAAAAAAAAAUAUGAAAAUCGACCUUUGAUACAUUUUUUGAAACUUGUUCACUCCUUUUCAAGGCGUCUAUUUUUUUCCAGUUGAAGUCUGUCUUUGAACGACAAAGUUUUGCAGAAUGUACUGUAGUAAAUUGGCCGCAAAACAAAAUUAUUUUGGUUUUUCAGUUGUCAAUAAUUUUUUUUUGUUUUUUCAUGAAAAAUAUAUAAUUUUCUAGGUUCGCUGGCUUGAAAGACAUCCGAAUGGUGCCGAAUCGGCCAGGAAUCGCAUUCGUCGAGUUCGACACUGAAGGCCAAGCUGCUCCAGCUCGCGUCGCUCUCAACAACUUCAAGAUCUCGCCGGAACACACGAUGCGUGUGGAUUAUGCCAAGAAAUGA